AUGACAACAUUUAGAGUCAAUAGUACACGAAUCUGGGAUACCCUUCACGAGUCCUGCCAAUGGGGAGCCACUCCAGAUGGUGGAAUGAACCGUGUUACCUUGAAUGACGAUGAUAAGCGUGUUCGCGAAUGGUUCAUUUUGGAAGGAAAGAAGCUUGGAUGCCAAAUUAAGAUUGAUCAAAUGGGGACUAUUUUUCUGAUUAGAGCAGGCGAAGAUAACAGUAUCGCACCAAUUGCAAUUGGGUCGCAUCUGGAUACUCAGCCUUCCGGUGGACGUUAUGACGGUAUAGUUGGAGUCCAUACUGGUUUGGAGAUACUGAGAACGUUUCACGAGAAUAAUUAUGUGACGUACGCUCCUAUCUGCGUGGUCAACUGGACUAAUGAAGAAGGUGCCAGAUUUCCGAAAACAAUGGUUUCUAGUGGUGUAUGGAGUGGUCAAAUAUCCUUGGAGGAUGCAUACAACGUCGAAGACAUCAACAACCCUGGACUAUUUUUUGGUAAGGAACUAGAAAAGAUUGGUUAUAAAGGAGAAGUUCCAGCAUCAUAUAAGGAUAAUCCACUAUCGGCUCAUUUUGAGGUUCAUAUUGAACAAGGUACAAGGCUGGAAACAGCAGGACUGGAUAUUGGUAUUGUAUCUGGUGUGAAAGGUAUCCGGUGGUUUGAGAUUGAAAUUUUUGGAACCGAGGGUCACACUGGAACAACUCCCAUGGAAGGAAGAAAAGAUGCGCUAGCUGCUUCAAGUGAGAUGAUUCUUUGUGUUGAAGAGACUGCAAAAAAGCAUGGUGGUUUAGGAACAGUCGGUGUGAUCCAUCCACUUCCUCAAAGCCCAAACACGAUUCCUGGUUAUUCAAAAUUUUCUGUUGACUGCCGUCAUGAUUCGAAUGCUGAUCUUGUGCGCUACACAGAAGAACUCUUGGAGAACUUGGAAGCUAUAAGUCGGAAGAGACAAGUCAAAUACACAAUAAAGGAGACAUGGCAUUUUAAACAGCUUGAAUUUGACUCAGAUUGUAAGGCGGCUAUACAGGAGUCGGCAGAAGAGAACGGCUUAACUUUUACGUCUCUCUAUUCAGGCAUUGGUCACGAUUCCUGUUAUACUGCCACCCGUGUACCUACAGCCAUGAUUUUCAUUCCCUGUAAAAAUGGCAUUUCUCAUUCGCCCAAAGAAUACUCGUCACCAAAGGCAGUUGCCGAUGGAGCACAAGCCAUGCUAGGCGCUGUCAUUCGUUACGAUCAGAGACUCAGAGAGCUUGGAAAAUAG